GCAAGAAGCCAGGAACCAGCCACAGGAAAAGGAUCUCAGCUAGUGGUAAGGUGUCAGCAAGAUGGAAACCAACUUCUCCAUCCCUCUGAAUGGAUCUGGUGAGGAGCCCCAUGAGCCUCCUGGCUACGCUGUUGUGAAUAUCCUCUCAUUGGUGGUGCUUGGGAUCACUUUUGUCCUCGGCAUCCUGGGCAACGGGCUUGUGAUCUGGGUGACUGGAUUCCGGAUGGCACGCACAGUCACCACCCUCUGUUACCUGAACCUGGCCAUAGCUGACUUCUCUUUCAGUGCUACUAUUCCAUUCCUCAUGGUCUCAAUGGCCAUGAGAGAGCAAUGGCCUUUUGGCUGGUUCCUAUGCAAGUUAGUUGACAGUGUGGUGGACAUCAACCUGUUUGGAAGUGUCUUCCUAAUUGCUUUCAUUGCUCUAGACCGCUGUAUUUGUGUCCUGCAUCCCGUCUGGGCCCAGAACCACCGCACUGUAGGUCUGGCUACAAAGCUGAUCAUUGGACCCUGGGUUCUUGCUGUACUCCUUACCUUCCAAAUUUUCAUUUUCGUGACUACAGCAAAGGAUGAGAAAGGGAAUACAUACUGUACUUUCAACUUUAGAUCCUGGGGUAACACCAUGGAAGAGAGGAUUAAGGUGUUCAUCACCGUGAUGACAACCAGAGGGAUCAUCCGGUUUAUCAUUGGCUUCAGUAUGCCGAUGUCCAUCAUCGCUAUCUGCUAUGGGCUCAUUGCUGCCAAGAUGCACAAAAAAGCUAUGAUAAAAUCCAAUCGUACCUUACGGGUCCUCACUGCUGUUGUGGCUUCUUUCUUUCUCUGUUGGUUCCCCUUUCAACUGCUGGCCCUUCUGGACACAGUCUGGAUCAAAGAAAUAUAUUUUGGUGGUAAGUACAGAAUCAUUGCUGUCCUGCUUAUCCCAACGAGCUCCCUGGCCUUCUUUAACAGUUGCCUCAACCCAAUACUCUAUGUCUUCGUGGGUCGAGACUUCCGAAAGAGACUGAUCCACUCCCUGCCAGCCAGUCUGGAGAGGGCCCUGAGUGAGGACUCAGCCCAGACCACUGACACAACAACCAAAUCUUCUUCAUCCCCUGCAGAAGUCCAGCUACAGGCAAUGUAAGGGGACCUGGGGGACAUUUUUGAGUUCUGCCUUCUCCUACCUUGCUCCCAGUUCCAGCUUCACCUUACCUUGGGUCAUCCUGAGCCACUCAGCAUGAAGUACUUUGAUGUCCCCUGAUUGGGAGACAAGAAGGACAUAAGGGUACUAUUCGUGUCAUUUUUGCUUUUUGGACCUCAGCCUAUAACCCGGUGUCAGUGGAGGUGUGAAACGAGAACAAGAGAAAGAGUGUUGGGGAAUUUGUAAUGCUUAAAUGAGAGAAUCUAUUAAGGAGAAAACUUUACAAUUUCACCAUUAAGUAGGAUGUUUGCUGCAGGGUUUUUUUUUUUAAAGAUUUUAUUUUUCCUUUUU